UUUGCUCGAAGAUUUAAUAGCUUUGCCAAGAUUUUUAUCCAAUAUAUUUGUUUCAUUUUCGAUGCUGUAUCGACAAUCUUUAUUAUGAUGUACGAAAUAAACCACUGAAGGCAGGAAUUGAUAAGAAGCAAGAAGCAUGUGGAAGUACAAGUGUCUGUGAAUAUGGUGCAAAAGAUCUCCAAGACGAUGGAAUAACUUCUCAGAGUCCAAUGCAGUCUCCAUCAUUAGCAAUUGUGAAGUUUUUGGUUAAAUAUUGUGGUGCUAACUUAAGACGCAAAGAUGAGUCGGGCAAAACUGCGUUACAUCAUGCUGUUGAUGUUGGUGAGACAGACAUUGUCAAAUAUUUUGUUGAACAAUGUAGCGCUGAUGUUAAUGACAAGAAUAAAAAAGGGUGGACAGCGCUGAACUAUGCUGUUACAGAAGGUUCGCUUGAAAUGGUUAAAUAUCUUGUUGAACAUCGUGCUGAUGUAAAUAGCAAGGAUACGUACGGAUGGACAAUGCUUCACUAUGCUGUUACUAAAGGCACAGUAGAAAUGGUGAAAUAUCUUGUUGAGCAUGGCGCUGAUGUAAAUGACAAGGAUGAAGUAGGGAGGACGGCGCUGAACUAUGCUGUUACUAAAGGUAGGCUGGAAAUGAUGAAGUAUCUUGUUGAACACGGCGCUGAUGUAAAUGGCAAGGAUAAUAACGGGUGGACAGUGCUGCAAGAUGCUGUUACUAUACGUACGCUAGAAAUUGUUAAAUAUUUUGUUCAACAUGGCGCUGAUGUAAAUGGCAACAAUAAUAACGGAUGGACAGUACUACACUCUGCUGUUACUGAAGGUACACUAGAAAUGGUAAAAUAUCUUGUUGAAAGCGCUGAUGUAAAUGGCAAGGACACUAACUGGUGGACAGUGCUGCAUGAUGCUGUUAGGUUUAAUAGAUUAGAAAUUGUCAAGUAUUUAGUUAAAAAGGGUGCUGACGUGACUCUUCACACUCACACUCUUGCCAUUGACAUCCUCAAGAUGGCUGUUGAGAAAAAUUCAGUUGCUUUGGUGAAUCUUCUCUUGGAAAAGAACAUUGCUGUGUGGAGAGCUGGAACAUUUCUUGUUGAAGAAAAACAAAUGAGUCUUCUUGAAUUGAGUAUUCAUCUUGGUCGUGAUGAAAUUACAACUAUCCUCAAAAGGUCCGCAAAUCAUCGUGAGAAAAUUCAGAUGUUGAAAACAAUGAAUUGCAACCAGUUAAAAGAGACUGAAACACCAAUGCAAGCUUUUGUCGCAAAGAAUCAAUUCAAAAUUGGUGAUGGUUGUGGUGGUUCACGUGUCUAUGUUGGUCUCAUGAAGGAUGGAAGGGAAGUUGCUGUUAAGAGAAUUUUGAUGCAAAGUGAGGAUGAAACAGUUGAAAACGAAAAGGAAGUCAUGAAUCUUAUCGAAACAAACUCUCCAUUUAUAGUGAAAUAUCGACAUUUUCACCGUGACGAUACCUUCACGUAUCUUAUUGUUGAUCUUUGCGAAGAAACCUUGAGGGAACUUGUCCAGACAUGCACUAUUAAACAUUUACAAGAGCAUGGUCCACGAAUGAUUAGGGAAAUUCUAUCCGGACUUGACUUUCUUCAUGGUAAAGGAAUAUUGCACAGAGAUCUAAAACCAUCAAACGUCCUUGUUGAUAUCGAAGGCCGCAUGAAAUUGGCAGACUUUGGGAUAAGCCGCGUUCUAAAUGACGAUGAAACGACAGUUGAAACAGAUGCUAAAGGCACUCACGGAUGGAUGCCACCGGAAGUAAUUGAGGCCAUAAAGAAAAACGAAAAAGGUCGCUUCAAAAGAAAAUCAGAUAUCUAUGUCGCAGGUAUGAUUGCUUUUUACGUGUUAACGAAAGGUGAACACCCUUUUGGUUCUUCGUUAGAUCGAAUGAAAAAUAUUUUGAUGGAUAAUCCUGUCAAUCGGAGGAAACUUGGUGAUCGCGAAGCUCGUAGGUUUGUGUCGUGGCUGAUUAAUCACAAGAUUGAUGAUAGACCUUAUGCUGACGAAGCAUUGGGGGAUCCCUUAUUUAGCGACACCACAACGACCCAGCGUCAGUUGUUUGAAAUGAUCAAUCUUCUUAGCCGACUUGGUGAAAAUUCGAGUGCGACAGAACCAAUAGUAUCUGGUGACAGUGUAGAGCAACGCUGAACGCUGCGUGGAUUUGUAAUUCGUAGAACGUCGAUAGCAACUUUGAUGGUCGGUGGAUCAUUUACAGCUUCGGAAGUCGCCGUGUAUUUUGCGACACUUUCCGAAUCCUUUCGUCAAAAAUCGAUAACACGUUGAAUACUACUGUUUAAGGUAUUUUAAUGUUUUUAUCGAGGUGAUUCUCGAUCCUAUGCCAAUCAGCGU